AUGGUAUUUAUUAAUGACACUCUGGCGUUUGUGGAGAAACAAUUGACCAAAAUGGUUAGUACCUGUUUAUGGGUAAUAGUAGCAAUGUUAUUAUUUCAGUUGUUAUUAAAUCUAAUUUUGAAAAUUGUUAUCGCCAAUACGAGCCUUAAACUUGGCGGAAUUGAAUAUUUUUACAUGGGAUUCUUUACUUUAACGUCCUUAAGGAAAAUACACAUAAAAACUAAUAAAUUCAGCGUCAACGUUGAUUCGAUAUCUUUGGAAUUUAAGAUUUUUCCUUAUCUUUUAAUCAAAAACAUUCUAAUUGAUUAUUAUAAACCGAAACAUAUAACAGGCGUUAAUGAACCAGAAGAUGAGUUUAAGAAACCGUUCCUUCCGGAUGAAGUUGCUAUAAGUAAAAAAAUUAUUAAAAUGGUCGAAUGGAUAUCAUUCUCCAGAAUUCGUAUACAUCAUUUACAAGUUAAUAUUCAUGAUGAAAAUAAUCCAAAAACACAAGUUAUCGAUGUGGACACUAUUACCAUCGGAUUACCAAAAUUCACUACACAUCACUUGAAAAUUGAUCUAUUGUUAUAUGAUUUUCAAUCCAAUGAUAAGCUAGAUGCCAUAAAAGUAAUAACUUAUUCAUUUAGUUGUAAGUUACACCAACAUCCAAAAAUUCCUGGGAAACUGCUUCUUCUACACCUUGAUUGGAGUAACUCUCUGAAAAUAACUGAUGUAAAAAUGCAUUUAUCUGAUAAAAUGGUGGAGAAUAUGGUGACAAAAAUGGUUGAGACUAAACAAGGAACAGAAAUGAAGACUGAUAUUAAAAAUGAGGGAAAAAAUGUUUUUGUAAAAGGUAAUUUAUCUCAUGAGGAAAUUGAAUCUAUGAUUAAAUCUAUCAUAUGUCCAUAUAAAGUUAUAAUUGAAAAUUUGAAAGUCAUAGAUAUUAAGUUUGAAAACAUAACAUUUAAAAAUGAUUUUUUGAAAGUAAAAAUUUCAAUAUCCAGUACUCAAGUUCGUCUCCAGGCGAUUACGGAUAUCUCUACUUAUAAUGAAUUAUUAGAAAGCACAUAUAUUAGCAACAACGAUGAAAAUUACGACGACGAUGUUAAUGAUAAUGAAUUUGAAGAUGAUACAAGCAAACAAGAAAUUCUUAAUACACAACCAAUUGUAAAAAAUACACAGAAAUCUAAAUUUGAAGAUAUUGAAUUGUCGCUUUCCUUCAACUCCAUACACCUAUCAGUCAAUAAUAAGUCAUUAAUUCGAAUUCCUAUUAUAAAUAUGCUUGUUACGACUGAUUUAAUGUUGUACUUUUUGAAAAAUUCUCACUCAUACAACGAUUUCAAAAUUUCAUUUUCUAUCAAUAUUCUUAAUCCUACCCUAUUUAUUUCUGUUGAUAUGAUACAGAAAAUGGCGGAAUAUUUAAACAAUACCAAAACAGAUCUAGCAAAGGGAAAUGAUAGUGAAUUUAACAAUAAAAGCGAUUCCAUAAGUAAACAAGUUGAAAAUAAUAUAACAACUGAUGAGAAUCAGUUGAUAGAGCAGAUAAAUAUUGAUAAAACUAGUCUAAAAAAUAUCUUAGAAGAAGUGCCAAGCUUCCUUAUUGAACUAAAUAUUUCAAAUUUUAAUAUUUAUCUUCAAAUAUCAAAUGAUGAGUCUAUAAAUUUGAAAAUUUAUGACAUUAAAUUAUUUUUAAUCAAUAAUUAUACUGUGAUUACAAAAUUGAAAAACAGUUCCAAAAUAGUACAAAAUAAAAAUGAAUUAUUUGAGCAACUACCAAUAAAGGAUCCCUUAACAAAAGAUCUAAAUAGUUUUUUUAAGAUCAUUAACGUUUCAUUAGCAUAUAAAAAGAAUAACACUUUAUCAACGGCUGAAGUGGUGCCUAUUUACCAAUUUGAAAGAUAUGUGGUUAUAUUGGAUAACUUAUCUCCAGAAAAAAUCACCUCUGUAGCAACGUUAAGAAAAUCAGACUUUACUUUAUUAGAUAUUGAAGUUUUAGGGAAAUUGAUAAACACAUAUUCUGUUUUGAAGGAAUAUUCGCAAAUGAUCAAAUCUUCGAUUAGAAAAACGAAAAGUAAGUCAGUAAAGAAAAAAAUUAUUUUUUCUAUUGAAUGGUCAGCAAAGUUAAGAGUAAAAGAUAUGUCCUUCUCGGUCCUGAUAUCAAACUAUUUACCUGCCUUACUAGAUCCAUGUGCAAAUGACGAUGGAAAUCUUUCUGACGUAAUACGUGGGUUUACGUUGGUGUUUCAUGAGUCUAUUUUUGAGGCCAGUAAUGUUCAGAGACAGUUGAGUAUUGCCAAAAUUGAAUUAAUUAGAGUUAUGGAUCACUGCGAGGCCAAAAAUAUAUGUGACGAUGUGUUUAAAUUGGGUAAUUUGUCUUUUACUGAUAAAUAUGAUGAUGUCCUAUCAAAAUGUAUACAUAAGGUACGGGUGCCUGAAGUAUAUCUUAAAUUUGAUGUGAACUUAAUUUGGAUAAUUUUUUACUUGAAAAAAAUUUAUGCUGAUCAUGUAACAUUAUUAAGGUCGAAAAAGAGAAAAAUCGUUUCCAAAGCAGAUAAACCAUCUAAUUCAAUCUUACACUUAUCCUUCAGUAAAGUCAUUUUCGAUGUCAAUCUUCCUGAAAAUGUCUCAUUAUUUUUUGACAUCAAAGAUAUUUAUUAUUCUAACCAUAACAAAAAAUUAAAAAUAUUAAACAUUUUAGGAUACGUGAGAUCUGUUUAUGUUCAUGAUCUUCCUGUUAAUGUUGAAUUGCUGAAUAUAAAAAAUAUGGUAUUUUGUUCAAAUAGUCAUACAGAAGGUAAAACAUUCAUAGUUGAUACUGAAUUAAUACGACUACGCACAGAGUAUCAUUUUAAAUUUUAUGAAGUUGUUAAUAAUAUUAUUUCAACUUUCAAAUCAUAUAAACAACUUGCCUACUCGUUUUCUGACUUAUCUGGGUUUCACAGAUUUCAUCCAAAAGUUGAAAAUCCAAAAAAGAUACCAACUAUUAAUAUUCGAGCCAAGAAGUUUUUAAUUGAUGUCGAAGAAGAUCCUUUUGAACAAGAAUUAGGACUUAUUUUCAAAAUUGGUGUAUUAGAACAAAGAGAAAGAUUGGCAAAAUUGGAAGAAUUUGAAGAACAAAAAUCGAUUCUAAGAGAAUUUGAAAAUUUUAAUAAUAAUAACAAUGUUCAACCAGAUCACAAACAGAAUACAAAUAGUUUUGAAAAUCUUGCAAAACAAAGACUAUACGAGUUAUUUUCGACAUCGUGGAUUUCCAGGCAUAGAACAGCAAAGCUUAAAUUUCAUGGAAUGCCAUAUCAUAUCAAACCUUUUCAAGAGUUUGAUAAAGUAUACUACAGAUUCACUGGCAAAGCAACAACAACGGUGGCUAAUUUAGUUGUAAAGGAUCUUGACAUGACAUUAAAACAACCAUCAUUUCCAGUGGAAAACUUUUUUGAUUUUAUCCAUGAAAUGGGCAAAGGUGUUCCAAAGUCUAUGUCUUACACCAUUUUAAUUCUACUUGGAAUUGAUAUUAAAACAAAAUUAUGGCAAUUAAAAAUAAGGGACUAUCCAGUUCCUGUAAUUACAAUACCAGAUACUCGCACAACUGGUGAUCUUGUUUUUGCUGAGAAAAUGCCCGGGGAUUUGGCGUUAAGAACUACCUUCGUUCCCUUUGUUCCAUCAGCGACAUUAUCAAAAUAUGCGGAAACUAGUUCUAUUUAUGGAUCUCAUGUAAUAGGAACAAUGAACUCAAUCAAAACUUAUUUUAACAUUCACACUAAGGUCACCUCUAAUUCUGGUACAAACAUUACUUGGGGUAAGUCUUUCCAACCUGGUUAUCAAUCGUUAAUGAUGUGGUUUGACUUUCUAACGAAACCUCAAAUGGACCCAUCCCCGAAGUUAGGGUUUUGGGAUAAGUUUAGAUUUUUAGUUCACGGUAGCUGGAGAUAUGAAUUUGGUGAAAAUAGUGACUUGAGAUUGAAUAUUAAAGGUGCCCAUAAUCCAUAUAAGAUUACUGAUGACGGUGCUGGUCUUUCAUUUUGUUGGUCCGGUGGUACUAUAUUAAAUAUCAAUGGCGAAAAUAAUCCACGAGAAUUUCUGUUGAUUAAUUCUGCAAGUUUUAAAUUAGUAGUUCCUGAUUUUACUGAUGAGAACAAAUUUGAUAAGAUUUUAAUGAAUCUAGAAGGUGGAGUGAAAUGGACUUUAGGAUUAUUAUUUGAAGAAGGUAAGUUAGCAUUAGCUGGUGAUGAGAAACGUUCGACACCAGUGAGACCGCAUUAUGAUGUCACAUUGAUUAAUCCGAAAUAUGUCUAUAAUAGAGAAGAUUAUGAUUCAUGGAGAGGCUUCAGAAGUAACUUUAUACAUAUGUCAUUUGGGAUUUAUUCGGGUAAAGAUGCAAGCAAUAAUAACAUCUAUCUUGCACCUUAUACAAUGAGUCACUUUUUUAAAUGGUGGAAUUUAUUUGAUACCUAUACAUCAGGCCCUAUUCGUCAAGGGCCUUUGUUUCCUAACAUGAUACAAAAUAACAACAAAUUUGGGCGUUCCUUAUUUACCAUUAAGUAUCAAUUAUAUUUGGCACCUUUGACGAUAACACACAUAUAUAGGCAUGCUACUUCAGAAGAUGAUAAAGGUAUUCACAGUUCAGUUAAAUUUACUGGUAUUAAAUGUAAAACUAAGUCAUUAAAAAUCGAUCUUCAUCAAAAAAGAAUCAAACUAACACAUACAAAUGAAAAACUAAAUAAAUCAAAACCGGUUUGGAAAUUAAGAAUGUCAAAGGGUGAAGUAGAUUGUGAGGAAGCAGAUUAUAGACUGAUAUCUACGACCUUUGAUGAUGCUAAUAUUGAAAAAACUAUUGCGUCAAGAUUAGGUCUGAGGUGUAAAAAAGAAAAACAAUUUGCUUCAGAAAAUAUUAAUUCAUUAAAGGAUUCUGAAUGGUACGAUAUUAAUGAUUACGUAGACUUAAAUCAAAUUUCACUAGAAGCUGCUACACCAAUAAAAAUUGAUAUAAAACCAUUUGUUUCAACACCAAGAAUUACAUACUUUAGAAAAAUUAAUGAUGAAGGUUAUGAUGUUAGAUAUCCAUUUGGGGCAGAGCCUUCGCAUAGAUGUAUCAUUGGUAAAAAUCAUCCCGAACGGACACAAGAACAUUUGGCUAACCAGAGAAGUAUUGAGAUUCAAGGCCAAAUUAGUGAACUUCAACAAAAAAUAUCUGAAAUUGACAAACUUUCUGAAAUGCAUCCUGAUGAUAAUGAUAUAACACUAAAAAAGAAUAACUUGUAUGCUAAGUUUUCUAAUAUUUUAACUCGAUAUGACAUGAUAGAUGAGAUUUUGAGCGAUCUAAAGAUAUCAGAAAGCUUACCUUUAGAUGGGGACCUUCACUCUAACUUCAACGAAAGUAUGAUAUCAGCCGAUUUGAACUCAAUAAACGAUAAUAACAGUCUUUUAAGGGUAAAUACACUAAAUUCAUUUGUGUCUAUGAGACGAGGGUCUACGAUUGAGGCUAAAUCAACCUAUGAUAAUAGGUUUAUGAUCCACAAUGUCACAAUCAAAAUUGACAAUGACAUUAAAAAUCACUUGUUAGAGUACGCUUCUAGUUCUAGCGAGAGGAGAUCGACACAAUUUUACUGUACUUAUAAGUCUGUAACGAUUGUCAAAGAAUUACUUGAUAAUUUCUUCGCUAACACCAUACCAGCUAUCACCGAAUAUGGUCUUUUAAACAAUGAUGAAACAUGCACUAGCACUGAAUUUAUUGAAAGAUUUGAUGAGCUAACUCAUAAGCUUCCAAAUGAAAAUUAUGACUCGAUAGAUUCGUAUCUGAUUCAAUUAAUUUCUCCACAAGUUCAAAUCACUUCGGAAUGUGAACCAGAUACGGCUUUAUUGAUUACUGCUACUGAGAUCGAAACUGGCAUUAUUGAUGUAAUGCAGAUUAUGAGUAAAUCUGGAAAAAUUAUUGAUGCAGAUGUUAACACAAUUGUAGAAUCAAGAUAUUGUUCAGUAUCGAAAGAACUCCAGGUAUUCACAUUGUUCAAGAAAGACAUACCGAUGUUCCAAAAUAUGGGCUUGCUAGUACCCUCUGAAGCUGACAAAUCUCAAAGCUUGUGUUGGGUUCCAUGGCUCCCAUUGGAACUGUGUUUUGAUGGUUCAUUGCUUGAUGAGCAUAUGAUUUUGAAAAGAAGAUCAUUGUUUUUGAGAUACACAUCUCCUAAUCCAUUAUUUGUAAGUGACAAUGCUGCAGCAGACUUUUCAAAGGAUUCUCGAGUUGAUAUUGGUUUUCCUAAUCUUGUUAUUACCUGUACAUCUCAACAGUAUAACUCUGUCUAUAAUAUAGCCCACGAGCUAAUGAGUUUAGGAACUAGCAUGGAUGAAAAGGCUGAUAAAUUAUCAAAAUUAUUAUUAGCAGAUGAAGUUAGGAAUAAUCUCGAAAAAUUAGACAUUUCAGUAGUGGUUAAUUUACAACGAAAAUUAAGGGAACUUUACUAUACUCGUGAAUUUUUGAAAACAUAUGAUACUAAACUUUAUAAAAGUACAGAACAAGAGUUGACCUUAGAAAUACAGGCAACGCAAUUAGAACUAUCCGUUCUUAUGUCAGCAGUUAAAAGAAAUUAUGAUAGUAUCGGCAGUGGAAAUAAUUCCAGAAAAUUAUUAAAUUGGAAAGUUAGCACUGAUGAAUUGAUAUGGGAGCUAUCUGAUUCUAACAACAGACAAUUCAUAACCAUUGGCCUGGGACCGUCAUCUUUCGUCCGUUCUCAAACUGCUGAUGGAUCGAAUAGUAAUGUAAUUUCCAUCCAAUCUUUGCAAAUUUAUAAUCAACAGCAAAAACUGGUUUAUCAACAAUUAAUUGCUCCAUUUGAGGACAAUCCUCAUUAUACCAAAGACAUGCCAAUGUUGGAAAUAUUUUGGUUAUUAAGUUCGCCAGUUGGUGGUAUAUCAGUCUUGGAGGAAAUGAUAGUUUCAUUUCAACCAAUUAUAUUUAGAAUGGAUCAUAUUACAGCUGACAAGUUAAUGAAUUAUUUAUUUCCAAAGAACGAAACAGCAGAUUCAGCAGGCGCUAGAACACUUGUUAGAGAGCAUCACACUGCGCAGAUGUAUAACACUUCAGAGGCUAAUUCAGAAACUCAGUCGUCUAGUCCUGUGUCACCUGUUUCAGAAAGGAGUGGGGCUGAUAGUAUAACAUCAGGUAAAACAACAACUGUUAGGGAGAUGAGAAAGGUUUCCUCAACAUUUAUUAGGCCAACAGAGGAAAGUAUAAAUGAAAUGGUUAAGAGAUCUGGAACAUAUAUUAAUAUCAAGUCUGUAACAAUCAAAAAAAUGAUGAUGUCGAUUUCGUAUAAGGGCGCGCAUAGUGUUUUGACAAAUGUUGAUGAUUUAAUUGUAAAGGUGCCAACUCUACAAUAUCAUAAUAAGAUUUGGUCUAGAGAAGAGUUAUUCUCUGCUAUUAAGAAAGAUGUAAUUAUGGUUGUGUUACAACAUACCGGUAACAUCAUAGGAAAUAAAUUCAUUCCCCAUAAAAAGGAAAACAAAAAGAAAGUUUCAUUGGAAAUUUCUAAAUUAUUGAAAUCUGGCGAUGACAAAAAGAAUGCUCCUAGCAAGAAAAGUUCAUAUAAAAUAGAUCACCAUUCUUUCCAUACAUCAAAACAGAAACCACCUGUGGUUAAUAUAAUAAUCGAGGAAGACGAAGAUGGCGAUGAAAUUAAAGCAUUUUACCCAAACGACACUACAAGCAAUGAUGGGUAA